GUUUGAAAAAUUUCAGAGUUCAAUCUUAUUCUAUUAGAUUUUGUAGAAGCAUGUCAGCUGAACUGAACUGGAAUUUAAUAAUUGUUACAACAGGCAACAAAACUACCUGUCAAGCUCUACAAAAAGAGUGUGAUGUGCUGCAUGCUGGCAAUUUUCUCCCUGCACACGAUGAACUAUUGGUUGUGGCUGAUCCUCGUGCACCACAGGGGGAAGUGGGGGUGGGCAGUGGAGGAGCUACCAUAAAUGCUGUUCUUAUUGCAGCUGAAACUUUAUCUGCAAAGAAAGAUUACUCUAUGAUAGAAAACAGCAUUCUUGAGGAGUCACGUGUGUUGGUUGUGCAUGCUGGUCGGCCACCUAGCAAGCAAUGGCUGCUCAAUCCUGCACAUCUCGCACCUCUCUUGAAAGGGCCUCGCCAGGAAUUUGCUUAUAGCAUGGACUCGGCCGUUCCAGCUCAUGUACGGCAACGGUUACCUUGGCCAGCGUCACCUCUUCUGGCUUCAAUGUGGACAGCUACUCAUUUGGCAAAACGCUGCAACAGAGGACUCUGGAUCUCAUCAGUAGAUAGCAUCCUGAUGUUGCCCCACGUGCUCCCGGAGCCUGGUGUGGAGGAGGGUGCUGAUGCUGUGCUGUUCACCGUGCCCUUGGCGAUACUAGAGGCAGUGCAGCACGGCGUUGUGCUCACAGACUCUCAUGGUCUGGUGCAGCAACUGAUUUACCAGCCAUCAUUACAGACCUGCAAGGAGAUGUCAGUGGAGGGCCGAGUGCCAGUGAUCAGUGGACAACUAUACCUUCCUCCUGCCGUGUGUUCUCGUCUGCUGUCCCUGCACACACGCCAUCCCUUCACCCACUGCACUUACCAUGCCACUGACUCUGGACUCCAACCGUUCUCAGUGUCUCUGUAUUUUGAGUUGAUAGCGGCGCUGUGCUGUGGAGCAGGAGGCAGCCACUGCAGAGAGACCGCGCGGUGCAGCGCUGAAAAAUAUUCCACACAGCAUUUCAGCGUGCACGGCACCGACAUGCGUUCUCUUGCCAGAGAAUGCGCCGAAAAAAUGUUCGCAGGCAUGCGGCUUAAAACUCAUCUGUUGGAAUCAUUCCACUUCUUGCAUUGGCCGUCGGUUAGAACACUCUCGUGUGAACCGUUCUUUGCAUCAUGUGUGGAUAAAAGCCUUGCUACUUCUCAAGUGCGUUCUAUCAACUCAAACAUUUGGGACAAGCACAGCUUUGCCGGUGAUGUGUGUUCCGGCAGACCAAUAUGCGUUGUGGAUUCCUUCAAGAGUCAAGGGGUUUCUGUUGAAAUUGGUGAAGGAAGUGCGGCGUUAGGACUGACUUUAGCUCGUCCUGGAGUUAUUAAACUUGGAAAUGACCUGUUAUGGCAGCAAUGUAGUCUCAGAAAUGAUGCAAAUAACGCAACUUUCAACUCCAUUGUUGUUUGUUUCGGCGUUACGGACGAUCUACAUGCAGAGUACCCGAGCGGUGGCAUGUUCAAUAUGCCCUGGUCGCGUCUUGAGCGCGGUGUUGACGGCUUGGCUCAUCGUCUCUGGCGUCAAGAUGUUCCCAAGACUCCUUUGAAUGCACGAUUUUUCAGCCCAUGUGUUGAUGUUUGUGAACAAAUCACGCGGCUGACUUCUUUUAUGUGGCACGACGCGAGCCUCUCUAUUGACGACGACUGUUAUUCCAUUGCUGAGGCUGCGAUGCUGUGUUGUCCGAUGGAAUUUCUUAAACUGAGACACGCUGAGAUCAAGAGGUAUAUUCUUUCGCACGUCGAGGCCAUGAUGCCUUAUGUUGGGUCCAUUGAUGUUGGCCGAGAAAUCAAGUAUCUGGCUUAUGCCGACCGAGAGUCUCUGCAAGAAGUUUUCAGGUCCCUUCACACGCUUAUAGUUAACUGCAAAUCUGCAGGACCUGUGAGUGCUACAGGGUGGUGCUGGAACUCGGGCAGAAGUGCUACUCGUCUGCUGGCUGUGGUGGCUGACGUUCUGGCAGCACUGGCAGGCUGGCAAGGAAACAUCAGGACCGGGCCUGCCGCCAAUGCUAUUUUCAACGAGGCUUUUCAGCACUUGCAGGAAGGUUCGCUGGUUACGGGUGUGCAGGCGCUGGAGGGCGCGAGUGCACAGCUCUGUCAGCCCGCCACGGCGCCAUACUUCGCCUCUGCCGCGGACCUCACCAGGGCCGCCCGCCACUACCAGAGAGCCGUUGAGAUGCUCAUCGCCCGGCAGAUCCUUGAGAGCGUACGCAGCCACCCCACCCCGUCUGUAUGCCUGGCACCGGUGGCAGCAGGCGUGUGGGUAGAGGGCACCUGUCCAGCUCGCCUGGACCUGGCAGGCGGCUGGACCGACACUCCGCCUGUUUGUUAUGAGCUUGGUGGUGCAGUGCUCAACGUUGCUAUCUUGGUGAAUGGCAAGAAACCUAUCACCGUCCGUGGCCGAUGGAACGCCCGGGACGCUUGCGGCGAAUGCUGCCGUGCAGGCCAUGGCAACGAGCUCCUUGGUGUGUCUUGUUUACUUCAGAGUGGCAACGACAAAUACGACGCCGGUGUUCAAACUCUGAGUCUCCACUGGUCGCAACUGCAUGACUUGGCUGACUAUCACAACCCUCUGAGCGCUGGUGCACUCGUCAAGACUGCUCUCAUACACAGUGGCAUCGUGGACCUUAACUGUAGCGAGUCUUUGGAUGAACAACUUGGCAAGUUCGGCGGAUGGCUCGAACUGCAAAUCGUGUCUCGAUUGCCCUCAGGCUCAGGGCUGGGAGGCAGCAGUCUUAUUGGCGGGGCACUUCUUGCAGUUUUAGCUGUCCUAAAGGGCAAGGCUGUUGACGGUCCCACCCUCAUGCACUCCACUCUUGGCCUAGAACAACGGAUGACCACAGGCGGAGGAUGGCAAGAUCAAGUCGGUGGUUUGUAUGGUGGUGCUAAGCUGGGCUUGAGUAAUGGCAAACUGCCUGUGCAAGUGGACGCGUUUUCUGUUCCAUUGUCGAAUGAUUUGCUUGGCGCUCUAAACUCCCGGUUGUUGCUCCUCUACACGGGGCAGGUGCGUCUUGCUAAGAACAUCUUGCAGAACGUGGUCAGGUCUUGGUACACAGGCAACGACUCCAUGCUUGCAACGUUUAGUGAUUUGAUUGAGUGUGCACUGACCGCUGCGUCGUGUCUCACGGACCAAAAUAUUGACGGCUUAGCGUCUUGUGUCACCCGAUAUUGGCAGCUUAAAAAGACUGUCGCUGCAGGAUCGGAGCCUCCAAGGAUAUCGAAGCUUUUCAGCGCGCUCUCUCCUCACGUAAGCGGUGCAUCUUUGUCAGGUGCCGGCGGUGGCGGCUACUUGUACGGUUUAUUGAAAUUAUCGUCUUCCUCUGAAGGAAUGAGUAGCAAGUUGGCUGCUGAACUCUCGCUGUUCGAUGUGGAAGCUGACCGCGUUGAGGUCUCGAAGGGUGGUCUCUCCAUAACUUGCAAUGGAGUGGAAUUGGUCAAUCUGGAACAACCUCCUCAGGUGCUUGACUCACACAAACUCCGUGAGAUCAAAACCAAUUUUGAGCUGCAUUGGAAAACUUCGAAGAAACCGCAUCUGCUACAGUCUGGUCAAACGUCAUCGCAACAUCAUGUUCAAUGAAUGGUGAAAUCAGCAUAAAUUUAUUCAGUUUCCUUUCAGAUUACCGAGUUAAACCCGUGGUGAAAUUGCUGCAAAAUAACAUACAAGAUUUACUACGAGCUGUGGGCUUACGCCGUUAAAGAUACAAAAUUUAACUUUUGAGACAAACUUUAGCCCGUUUCGUGGGUCUUGCGAGCCAUUUUAAUCUUAGCAGCCCCGAUUCUAUGGGGAACUAAUGUCUGUGUUUGAAAAAAUUCUAUUGUAACAAUUACCAUGGAUUAUACUUGGGGUACAGCUCCUUAUAAUUUGAACCUAACUUCUGCGGCUAACAAUGGGGGUUACUUUAUGAAUAUACGCUCACUAACUGUUUUGAGUAACUAUAUCAAUAUACGCUCAGUAAGCGGUAGAUAUCUGAAAUCUGAAAAAAUUAAAGUUUUGUAGCGUCCUAUUUUUUGUUGAUUUCUGCGUUAGUUUUUGGUUGUUAUGUGGUUAUUUCAGCGUAAAAUGUAUACUUUAAUUAGGUUGAAUUGAGUUGUUAUUACGUGAGGGCAUCUUGAAUUUGUUGAGGAAUUUGGUAAUCCUCAGUGACUCGAAUGUUCGGUCAUAGUUUUUUUUUACACAUUUUUAACUCUUUUUACCUGUAUUUAUUUUAUUGCAUAUCUAGUUACGUUGUGCGUGCCUUCAUACUUUAUACUUAAUGUGACGUUGAUCCGUGUGUGUUGGGCGAGUUAUAAUUCUGCCAGACGUAUAUUUUUGUACCGUUUCAUAUGUGUGGUAAACAUAAUGAAUAAUACUGGUGUUAUGCUGUAUAUGGAUUGGAAUGAAAUUAUGGAAAUUU